UAUCAGAAAGUUGUGAAAAUUAGAAAAACUUCACUCUGAAAGUUUCAGAAAGUUAAUUAUUACGAGCGUUCUUGCCUCUGCUUUGACAACGCUCUUCCUAAUAUCCAGUUUUUGUUCAAGAUAAAUGUCUCAUGGUUGCUGCAGAACUGCAAAAGCUUAUCUUCGUCAAUCGUCAUGGCUUAGAAGUAUCCUCGUCCUCAGCUCGAUUUGCGUGCAGCAUUGCAUGAUGAGCUGCUAAUUAAUUAAAAACUUUGUACUGCUUGCUGUCUUUCAAGAUUGUCAGGCUCUGGCUUCCCUGAGCAGUGACGUGUUCCGUUUAUCAGUAUCGGAAGUUCCGUCACAAUGAAAGCCAAAGUUGACAAGCGCAGUCCAUACCCGCAUCUCAGAACCUAUAACUACAUCGUCUCCUUGCAGCUGCGUCUGCAGAAAGCACAGUCCGACGCCGUGAAGACGGUUCUCAAACUUCUCUUCCGGAUACUGUUCAGCAUUACGCUGGUGUUGUUCAUAUUUGGACUGGCGCUCUUCAUCUUCUUCAUUUUCCAUUACCUAACAUUACCCACCAUCCUCCAUGUCUUGCCCGUGCAUUUGUCGUAUGCAGACUGCAGUCGAGCGCAGUCCGAGUAUUGCAAAUAUCCCACCGCCGUCGUACCGUUUAUCCAACGGAAACGCAUGGGCAAGGAGAGUCCGCUGCUCAUGUCCGGACAGAAGUAUGCUAUGUGGGUGUCGGUUGAUCUACCGGAAUCCGAGGUAGCACAAGAAAAUGCUCAAGCCGGAAUUUUUAUGAUCAACAUCGCGCUACGUUCGUACGAUGAAAAUCUGUUAAAAUCCGCAUCUCGUCCUGCUCUUCUGCAGUAUCGCUCCUACAUCCACCAUUUAGUACGCAUCAUUGUGCUCUCGCCGUUGUAUUUGAUGGGAUUCCUUCAAGAACGGCAGCAUUUGCGCGUAGAUCUGAUUGACCUAUACCAAGAAGAUCCCUAUGCGCCGGUAAUGGACGCUGUCAUUGAAGUGCGCAAAUCCACGGUGAAUAUCUACAGUAUGGAGUUACACGUGGAAGCCCGGCUGGAGGGAUUGCGGUACUGGAUGCAUCGGCAUCCGGUGAUUAUCGGGGCGAUUAUCGUCGGCAUUAAUUUCUUUUGCGGAUUGAUUCUGGCGGGAUUAUCGCUGUCCAAUCGUUUUGCACGCCAAAAUAUGAAGGAGUUACCAGCGUCUCAAAGUACGGAAGACUUCGGUUUUGAUGAGACCGUUGAUCCGCUGGAGACAUCCGAAAUGGAAGACGGCGGGGACGAAGUGUUUGUUGACUGGCCAGCAGAUGCAAACGAAGGCCUGAGACACCGGAAGACGUAGAUUUGAAUUUUGCUCAGCAGUUAUUGACGUUAAACUCAUCUAACAUAGUAUUGGGUUCGAUGGGAAAAUUAGAGGUGUUUUAUUCCAUGACGUCGCACAUGUGCGUUCUGCGUUGUGACAGUGGUGUUUCCUGUGAUAAUAAAGUUUUUUUGCGAAAUACGAACAUGCAUUAGCCUACUGUUUUUACUUUAAAGUUUACAACGAGCGCCAGUCUAGUCUUGACGGAUUGCUAUUUUUUACUUUUUAGUGUGAGUUUUAGUGUGAGACAUAAUAUCUAUAUUGUCAUUUUCGUGCAACUGGUCUAC